GAAUGAAAACACAACACAACAGGAUGCCGCUACCAAAGCGUCUAGUGCAGCCGGUGUUCGUUGCACGGUCGGUGUACGUGCGCGAAGAGCUGCCGGCCGAGCUAGAGACGGUCACCAAUACGACACUGACGAACAUUGUGCGUCAAUUGUCGUCACUGUCGAAGCAUGCUGAAGAUUUGUUUGGUGAGCUGGCACGAGAUGCGGGCGGUUUGGCGGAACGGGCCAACUCGUUGCAGGCGCGCAUCGAUCGGUUAGCGAUAAAGGUCACACAGUUGGACAGCACGGUGGAGGAAGUGUCGCUGCAAGACAUUCAAAUGAAGAAGGCGUUCAAAAGUGCCACCAUGUUCGACCAGCAGAUAUUCUCCCGGGCGACAAUGCCUUCGGCGAUGCUGGAGGUGUAUAAGACUUGCGAUAAACCACCACCACUGGAUAAGCUCAACUGUUAUCGGGAUGAUGGUAAAGAUGGUCUGAAAUUCUACACCGAUCCCAACUACUUCUUCGAGCUAUGGCGACAGGAGAUGCUGAAAGAUACGGAGCGCGUUAUGCACGAUCGUGGUAAAAAGGUACACAAACCACGUGCCGAAGGUGCCGGUGCCGAUGGUGGCGGACGACAGAAAAAGCGACCACGUGCACCACACAACACACGCGAAAAGCAACGCCAGCGUGCCAUUGGCCACGGUGAAACGCUGAUGCCAAAUAAUGUCAUCUACCGUACGCCAAAUGCAAUCAUCGGUUCGCAGGAGGAAGCUAUUUACAACAGCGCUAUGGCUGCGGCCGGUGGCAGUAUGAUCUACGACUCCCGAUCAUCCUCGGCUAUGGGUGGUAGUAGCAGCGGUGGUGGUGCAGCCCGACCGAACUCGAUCGAACUCCGGCGAAGCUAUCAGCAACCGAACGAAAUGGUUGAUGGAGGUGGCUAUGCUCCACCAUCACCGGGCGGUGGUUAUCACCAUCAGCAGAUGGCUGCCCAACUACAGCACCAGCAGGCCGGUUACCAGCCACAGCAACCCAUCUACGAUCAGUAUGGUAAUCCGACGAUUUACGGUUCCGGUGCGAACCAAAUGUCGCAGGAAAGUUUGUACGCUCCCGGUACACCUUCUCGGUCGAAAUCACGCCCAUCGCAGCCACCACCGGCACCACCCUCAUCCGGCAGUGGCGGUGGCACACCGAAUGCCUCGAACGCAAACACACCAACGCGCAGUCGCAGUCUUUCGACGGGUCGUGAUAAUCUACCACCGCCACCACCGAUACCGGAGGGAUUGCAAUCGCCACCGCAUGGUAUGAGCAAUGGUGGCACGAGCGUUGCGGCUAAGUUGCUGCUAAACCGAACGGGAUCACGGGCAGGAUCACCGCAGCUCGGCAUGACCGGACAGCAACAGCAGCAGCACCAGCAGCAACAGCAACAGCAGCAACAUCAACACCAGCAAGUGGUCGUGCAGUCGAUGAUGGACCAGAAUCAGCUUGCGCUGGCACAGCUAAACCAGCAGAUAAACAAUCUAAACAAUCUCAACAUGCAGCUGAACCAGAUGUCGAUGAAUGAUCUACCGCCACCACCACCGAUUCCGGAACAGCUAUCACCCAAACAAUCACCACCAAAUGUGGCACCUCCACCUCCACCACCACCACCGCCAAUGCUGGACGGUCCGCUAAGUCCUACGAAGGCACCGAUGGCGAACGGCGAUCUGUACAAUAUGCCGAAAAUGCACCAGCUGAAGAAGAUUCCACCGCAGGAGAAGAUAACCUACGAUGAUCCGCGCAGCGACCUGAUGAAAGCCAUCCGAGACGGUAUCAAACUGCGCAAGGUAGAGAAACAAAAUCACGAAGCGAAGGAAAACGAUCGCAACAAGGGUUUGCACGAUGUGGCCUCGAUUUUGGCACGGCGCGUCGCCAUCGAACUAUCCGAGUCGGAAUCGUCCGAAAGCGAUGACGACAGCGAGGGCUGGCAGGAAACGAAUGAAACGUCCGCAUGACAUCAGGAGAGCGUUGCGGCAGGUGGCGGUGGUGGCAAGAAAAA